AUGGAUUCUGAGUAUUUAGAGCUGUUGAAACUGCUUCCCCGUUGGGUGGAUAUAGAGAAUGUGAUCCAGAAUGAAGUCGAGGCACGCUAUAUACUCAAAAGAGCCACGGAUUACAUGGAGAACUUCGCAUCUAGAGGGGAUUUCGAGGAAGAGGAGAUCAGAUACCUUAUAUGUGCACUUGUGGACAGAAACUGGGAACGCAUACACACGGGUCACUUUAGCAGGGUUCCUCUGAUUACCAGGAAGAUAUAUGCCAUAGGUUGUUACUUUAAGAUUUUUUUCCUGCUCCUGGAGAGCGCGAGUCCUUCCCAAAAAGAACUAUGCAGUGGAACCCUGGAUGAGGCUCAACUACUGGGUUACAUGGAUGACUAUGGUGAACUGAAAGCCGCCUUGAUGUAUUACCUGGAUAAGGGAAGACCAGAGGAUUCCGAAACCCUGCCCAUUUUGGAGCCAUUAAAACGAAUAUCCUGCACCUGUGAUAUACAGCAACUAGAAGCUCCCAGUUUAAAAGAAUUCCAAACCAAAUGCUUUCAGGCAGGACAACCUGCACUCCUGCUAAACACCAUCCAACAUUGGCCAGCUUUGGACAAGUGGCUAGAUCUCAAUUACCUUCUCCAAGUGGCCGGGAAUCGCACGGUGCCCAUCGAAAUAGGUUCCAACUAUGCCAGCGAUGAGUGGUCACAGCAGCUGGUGAAGAUCCGCGACUUCUUAAGAAGGCAAUUUGGAAGGAAUAAUAGUAAGGACAUUGAGUACCUCGCCCAGCACGAACUCUUCUCGCAGAUUCCAGCUCUCAAAGGAGACAUCUGCAUUCCCGACUACUGUUCCAUUAGCAAAGAUGAUUCCCCGGGAGCUGUGGACAUAAAAGCCUGGCUGGGACCAGCUGGAACCAUUUCACCCAUGCACUACGAUCCCAAGCAUAAUUUACUGUGUCAGGUUUUCGGUUCUAAAAGGAUUAUAUUGGCUUCUCCCAAAGAUACCGAGAAACUUUAUCCCCACGAAAGCGAGUUCUUAGGAAAUACCUCACAAAUAGAUGCCUCUAAACUUGAUUUGGAAACAUAUCCUCUAGUGGAAAAGGUAAAGUUCUAUGAGUUACUCCUUCAACCUAGUGACUGUUUGUACAUGCCCCCAAAAUGGUGGCACUAUGUGAGAUCUGAGGCACCUAGCUUUUCUGUAAGCUUCUGGUGGGAGUAG